AUAUAAACCAAUAAGAAGAGGACAGUCACCCUCACCCCUCUCGCACAGUCAUUGACGCUCAGAAACACGCACUAAACAAUCGCAUAAUCCUCGAAGAAGUCUCCGACAUAAAAUUUUGACAGCGAAGAUGGCCGGAAUCACACAAGACUGGGAGCCGGUGGUUAUCCGCAAGAAGGCCCCUACCGCCGCCGCACGCAAGGAUGAGAAAGCCGUCAACGCCGCCCGUCGAUCCGGCGCCGAGGUCGAAACCAUCAAGAAAGCUAGUGCAGGAACAAACAAGGCUGCCUCUAGCAGCACAUCUUUGAAUACAAGGAAACUGGAUGAAGACACUGAAAAUUUGGCUCAUCAGAAGGUACCAACUGAAUUGAAGAAAGCAAUCAUGCAAGCUCGACAGGAGAAGAAACUUAAUCAAGCUCAACUUGCACAGCUGAUAAAUGAGAAGCCACAAGUCAUCCAGGAGUACGAAUCAGGGAAGGCAAUUCCAAAUCAGCAGAUUAUCUCUAAACUGGAGAGGGCUCUGGGUGUGAAACUUCGAGGAAAGAAAUAAAACAAUGGGAAUGGAAGAAGCCAGUGUUCUGCAAUGUGAUUGUCGUUUGAGGCCUAAGAAUAGUGGUGUAAAUGAAACCUCCCCACCCCUUUCCGUUCUUACUUUGGCAGCCCUUUUAACUACUGUUGUGACUUGUGUCUCUUGAAACUAUGGCUAAUGGAUGUGGCUCUUCCUUGUCAAAUGUGAAUCUUUGUCUUGUAUUUGCUAUAUUUGCCUAUUUUUCACAGUUAUGAUGCUUUGCAUGAGUAUUGGUCACGG